UUCAGGUCAAGUUCAGGUGCAGUUCUUGUGAGUGCCUCUGAAGCAGUCUAAAAGUGGUCAAGUUAAAUAUUUCUUCCAAACGUUAUUUAAAUACUUUUUGUAGUUUAAUAACAGUAAAAUGUCUCGCUGUUGCGUCGUAAGCUGCGAAAAUACUUCAUACAACACAAAUUGUGCAUUCUAUAAAUUUCCCCAAGCAUAUUGGAAAAUGGACCAAAGAACAAAAUGGAUAGAAGCUGUAAGAAAAAUAAACACUGGUACUGAUGAAGCUCAGUGGAACCCUCGGAAUCAUGAUCAUAUAUGCAGCGCACAUUUCGUUGGCGGAAAAAAGACAACAGUGUUAAAAAGCCCCAGUUAUAUUCCUACAAUAUUCGCCCCAGUUGGUAGUAAAAGCUCACUGCGGCGUAUGAAAUUAUUAAAAAAAAGACUGAAUGCUGCCAGCAAAAGCGGAAAUACAGAUACAUUUGAACCAUACUACUUUACGAGGUUAGGCAACAACCCUUCUGGUGCCAGACGCAAACGCAAACGAAAAUCGGAAAACAAACAGGAUUCGUCAAACAGUCCUGUAUAUUUUUCUGAGAGCAGUGAUGAUGAAGACCUAUAUACCUCGGUGUCCGAAUACUCAGAGGCGUCUGAAGAUGAGCUAACACCCCCUGAGUCCCCAGAUCUGCAGGAACCGCAUAAACCACUAGCUCCCGAGGAAGUUAAUUGCUGUAAAGAUUGUGCUGUAAUUACUUAUGGGUUCCCCUUCUGGUGCGUGGAAUGUGGUCGCGGUCCGCUGUGCGCGUCGUGCGCCGAGUGCGCGCCGCACGACUCACACUUCUUGCUGCGCACGCCUAGAGGCGCCCCACGGAGCCAAACGGAGGCAGUGCUGGAAGUCAUAAGGCAACAGUUGCAGGCGGAAAACCUUCUAGAACUAUACGAAGUUAAUGUCGAUUGCGUGAAGGUAGAGAUAAAGGAGGAACCGCAAGAGCUUCCUUUAGAGUUCGAUGACCCCGACUCUCAGGAUCCCCUGGACUCUGACACAGGCGAACAGGUUGUUGCAGACGAAACAAACAAUCAGACUUUAACAAAACGACGGCGAAUCAUGCCUACAGAAAACAACGCUAUCCAACCAAAGACCCUUGUAAAACUUCUACCUGUGAGUGAUUCGUCUACGGGCUCAAAAACUAAUUUAAAACCCACAGCAAUUGGUCUAAAAAAUAUAUUAUUAACCCCUGUUGCUAGCGGUUCACAACCCGAGGAAACUACACCUGAUGGUCACAAUUCACAAAAUGCCGCGUCUAGUAAAAAGAGAAAAUCACAAACACAAACUAUCUUGAAUAUGAUACCCAGCGAUCAACUAAACACUAUUCAACAAGAGACUCCUAAAAUCAGAGAAACACAGACUGUCAUUAAAAACCCAACUGAUAAAGACCCACAAACGAAGAACCAACCAGGAAAACUCAGAAUCAAACGUACACUUUUGAAAGUUCCGCUUAGUGAAUUCACGAAGUCAACAACUCUCAACCCUAGUAGUUUCAAAGCGCUUUCAAAUGUCGAACUAAGUGAUAUAAGAAAAUCACAAAGUAUAAAAAAGACCCUCAGUGAUCAACUAAAAAGUCUUCCACAAUCUAACGAUAUUAAAGAAGCACAGACUGUCCUUAAGAGCCCAACCGAUAUUAAAGACCCACAAAGUAACAGCCAACCAGAAAAACUCAAAAUUAAACGCACGUUUUUAAAAGUUCCGCUCAGUGAACUCACACAAUCAAAAAUUCUUAACCCUGGUGGUUCCAAAACGCUACGAAAGCUCGAACCAGGUGAUAUCUUGAAUCUUGAACAGGUCCAAAAGCUUCUUAAACGGCCGGAUGUUGAACAAAGUGACCAUGAAGGGCAAAAACUUAAAAAAGUUCUAAAGGGGUUCUCUACCCCGUUGAAAGUUACCUCGGAAUCGUCUCGGAGAAGUAAAUAGUUUAUUAUUUAUUUUAAAACUUUAUUGCACAAUAUAACAAAGUACAAAUGAUGCCUAAAGACAUUCUCUACCAGUCAAAGAGGAUCGAGUAUUAAAGAGAGUUACUGUCAAAGUAAAAUGUGUAAUCACAGUGCAUAGACUGCCAUCUCUCGACAGAG